UACCAACCAACGGGUCCGGGGACUGCAGAGUAAAGUCGGUAAACUUCAGCAGUCUAUCUCCGGGUUAGACGCCAAGCAGGAGGUAGUACAACAGCGAUCACUAAUCAUGAUUUGGAUGAGGAAUUCAACUUCAAUGACUCAGCUGUGGAGGAUAUACUUCUCACCUGGGCCCUGAUCCCCUGAAGAGACCGUGAUAUGGAGGCCGAUGUGGAUGAAAUUACACCUAGGCAAGACCAAGUCCUCACUGUCCGACACCGAGUCAAGUCCAAGAUGCUCAAUUUGUAGGCUCGAGACCGGACUCGAGUACUACAACACCUGAAUGGAGUCUAGCUCAGAUGGAUCUCUCUCCAGCUGGGCCAGCUCACCCUGUAGCCCACUCUGUCCUCUCAACCAGGGGAGUCAUGCACCCAUUUAUUUUAGUGGAACAAAAUAUGUGAGGGUGGAUGGCAAAUUCAGUGUACAGAAAAACAAACUGCUUUUCCUGCAAUGUAGAGCCAUAAUCAUUAUGCAGAUGUACAUUUAAAAAAAAAUAUUCUACAUUGGUUAUCCAAGCACACUGUACCUUUCCUGUUCUAUUGUCAUUUUAAUGAGGGUGUCAUUCUGACUUGUAAAUCACACUUCUCAAUAUACUGCACUAACAUGCUUAGGACAAUACAUCCAAAUUACAACACAGCACAUGGGCUCAUAACCAAUGUUUUUUUAUACACACUAGAUUAAAUGAAAUGUAGGACUGCUUUUCUGAGGAGUGCCAUUAUGGCUGACCGGUGGCCUCCAUGGGUAGAAUAUGGUAUCGGCAAUCCUGGGUUUCUAGUCGUACAUCCUUGGAUCAUAACGCACGUCAUUGCAGGUAACUGACAAAAUAAAGGACAUUCCAAUAUAAAGUGUCUUUAAUAAAGUGUUGGACCACCACGAGCCAGAACCGCUUCAAUGCGCCUUGGCAUAAAUUCUACAAGGGUCUGGAACUCUAUUGGAGGGAUGCGACACGAUUCUUCAACACGGAAUUCCAUCAUUUGGUGUUUUGAUGAAGGUGGUGGAAAACGCUGUCUCAGGCACCAGUCCAGAAUCUCUCAUAAGUUAUUCAAUUGGGUUGAGAUGGUGAUUGACACCCUUUAAACUCCCUAUGCUCCUUUUGAGACUCCUCUUUCAAAGCCUAAAUAAUAGGCAACUGGGCAUUUUUAUACUGUACAUGACCCUGAGCAUGAUGGGAUGUUAAUUGCUAAAUUAACUUAGGAACCAAACCUGUGUGGAAUCACCGGCUUUCAAUAUGAUUUGUAUCCCUCAUUUACUCAAGUGUUUCCUUUAUUUUGGCAGUUACCUAAAUAAUAGCGUCAUCACAAAUAUCCUGAUAUUAUCAUAAGGUGCCAGAUUACAUUUAAACCAAUGGUUAGGGUUACAUUGUAAUAUUUUUCUGCAUAUCUAAGCAGGACUCUUGUCUGUAUCAUUGUGACUGGUUGGUUAUUUUUUUUAAAUAAAAUAAAUAUGCUUCUCUGCUAAAAGCCCAACCUGCCCGCUCCACCGCUAACCCUGCCCACCCUGUUUGUCCCGUAGCCCAACCUGUUUGUCCCGUAGCCCAACCUGCCCGCUCCACUGCCCACCCUGUUUGUCCCGUAGCCCACCCUAUUUGUCCCGUAGCCCACCCUGUUCCCUCUACAACUAAUCUGCUGCUUUAGGGGAUCUGCUGCUGGUGACAUACUUCUGUCUAUGGUGCCCCUUGGCUCUUCCCACCGGGGUGGGGGGGUGUAUGUAUAUGGUAUUAUUCAGUGUUAGCACCACCCCCAGUGCUUCUACAUCUCUUGUAUUCUAGGACAGUAACUGACCCUGGCCACCUGUCAUAUUUGUUGUUAUUCAAAUAUCUGCCUCGUCAUGCCCGGCUACACUUAAUAAGAAAUAUAGGUCAUCUAAAUUGAAGUAGAACCUCUUUCUAAUUCUGUGAAAUGCAGACACUGGAGAAACGUCAAUGAUUCAGAGAAACAAAGCAAACAGCAUGUUCUAGACAUAAGGGCCAGUCAUAAUCUACAUGGUCCCAUUCUGGGUCAAAUCCCUAGAAUCAGAGGGGAUUGAAUUCAAACUGAAAUCCCUGCCUGGCUUUAAUCUGGCUGUGUAUACAAUAAAACAAUAACACAAUAGACAAUACCUUGGACCAGUUACAAUAUGUGGUUGAUUUCAUGGCAUCUUAAUACCAUGACUACAUAUCCUAUGUUUUGAAAGUCUUGUAACUGAACUUCAUACUCCUGUAGGUGUAUAAUGUAACCUACUGUAUCAUCAAUACCAUAGCAUGACCAGAAUUAUUACAGGAAGCUCAGUAACAGCACUGAAUAAGCAUACAUUAUUCUUCUGGGCUUUUCUUGCUUGCUUAAGUGCGUGCAUGACACACUUUUCAUUUUAUAUUGCUGUACUUCCAAAUCUCUGUAGCAGUAGCGUCAGGCUAGCCUGGUUAUAUACUGCUCUGUAGCUGUAGCAGUAGCGUCAGGCUAGCCUGGUUAUAUACAGCUCUGUAGCAGUAGCGUCAGGCUAGCCUGGUUAUAUACCGCUCUGUAGCUGUAGCGUCAGGCUAGCCUGGUUAUAUACCGCUCUGUAGCUGUAGCGUCAGGCUAGCCUGGUUAUAUACAGCUCUGUAGCAGUAGCGUCAGGCUAGCCUGGUUAUGUACUGCUCUGUAGCAGUAGCGUCAGGCUAGCCUGGUUAUGUACUGCUCUGUAGCAGUAGCGUCAGGCUAGCCUGGUUAUGUACUGCUCUGUAGCAGUAGCGUCAGGCUAGCCUGGUUAUGUACUGCUCUGUAGCAGUAGCAUGGUUCUAAAGCCUAAUAACUCCACUAUUGUAUGUAGGUUGAGAUUGAUUUGAGUUACUGUUGGAAACCAGUGGUAGACCAGGUCGUGUGGGUUAGCUGGUAGACUAGGUCGUGCGGGUGUGGGUUAGCUGGUCGUGCGGGUGUGGGUUAGCUGGUAGACCAGGUCGUGUCAUGCCGAGUUAUUUUUUUUUCUCUGGUAGUCCUUAUGUUCACAGAACUCAUGGAGCGUUUCACCUCAUUGGUUUCACACAGAUCAUUCGGAACCCUGCUCUGCCUAAACACCACCCAUUCUCCUGUUCUCAUGCAUCUCACCCCCCUCCCUCCACUCCACAGCGGUAUCAGACCUGGAUGUAGAGUGUAAGUUAUCAGACUACUACGUGUCUCCAUGGCUCCUCCAGAGGAAUGUGUUCCUGCCCUCCACCAGACCACCAUGUCUCCAGGAGCUGCACCGCACCGCACAGCAGGGCCUCGGGGCCAGCCACAGAGAUUACCAGCUGAGACAGCAAGCGAGCAGCAGAAGACGCAAAGUGACCAUCGCUGUCUCUGUGGCACCCCCUAUGCCCACGUACCCCUCACCACACUCUGCCAGGAGGAGACCGCAGAGGGGCUGGAGCCUGACUGCGCGGCAGGGGAAACCAUUCGACGAUCAGCAGCUAGAACAGACCAAGUUUGACAGCCCCGCCCCCCGCUCCUCCUCCCUCACCGAAUGUUGCCACUUCUCUCCCUGGGGCAGAAAGGCUGCUCCUCCCUCUGACAGUCUCGGCCAACGACCUCGGCACCCUGUCCCUAACGUUCCCUCCACGCUGGACAAGCAGACUAACUGGUCCAGAGUUCUCCCACUGCCCACACCUCAGGAGAGGAUGAAGAGCGACUCACAAGUCAUCACAUCCUGUGUCAUCCCAAUUAACGUCACUGGGGUUCAGUUCCACAGAGACUCUAGUGUGCACUGCUCGCUGCUCCACUCUCAGUCCGUACUUCAGAGGAGGAGGAAGCUGAGGAGACGGAAGACUGUCAUCGGGAUUCCUAGAAGUGUUCAGCAGGACCUAGAUUCUGAUGAGUCUCCGGGCGCCAGAGAGCGGACAGUGGUUGUCCGAUGCAACGCUGCGCUCUGUAGCGAGGACCUGUGCUGUCGUCUGAACACCAAGAAGGACUCUGGCUGCCAGACUGAAGAUUUCCUGGUCUGCGCGCCGUCCCACUGGAUGGUCCAGUACCAGCGUGGUCAGCAGGGGGUCAGCUCCGCCCUCGUCCCGCUGUCCCUCUCCACUGGGAACAUCUCUCUACUGGACACUUCGGAGCACAACAACGCCAUGUUCUCCUCUUCGCUGGGGGUACGCCUGCGGUCACGCAGCCAGCCAAGGGAGGGGAGGAGACUGAUUGAGGUUCACCACCACAGUGAGGAAGAGGAGCUGUCUCCUUCCGAGACUGAUGACUUCCUGUCUGGGUUGGGGGAGCUGAAGGAGAAGGGGGGGGAGGGUGCAGAUGACCAGUCCCAGCUGGACCACCCUCUGGCCAGUCUGAAGUACCAGCAGCGCACUGGCAGCCCCUGGCUUGAGAGGGGCCAAUCCCGCCUCCCCCGGAAGGUUGACAUGGGGAGCUGUGAGAUGUCCUCCAGCUCAGAUACCUUCUCCAGUCCGCUCCACUCUACAUCCACCAGGCGGGUUGUUGGGUGUCAGAUGGACCAUAAAGACGACCACCAAUCUUCUAGUGGGAACUGGAGCGGCAGCAGCUCAACAUGCCCUUCCCACACCUCUGAGACCCUCCCCCCGGCUGCCUCCCCCCGGCUCACUGGCUCCUCCCACUGUGACUCGGAGCUGUCGCUGAACACCGGCCCCCACGCUACAGAUGACCCCGCCCCCAUCCUCAUCCUGGACCCAUACCAUACCGACCGGCAGCUGGACGAUGCAGGGGUCAGCAUGGCUAGUGAUGGGGAGUGGAGUUACCCCCACCCUGACUCCAGGCUCCAUGACUUCAGCCCUGAGCGCACCAGAGAGGGGGAGGGGAGUCUGGGGUACCCCAGCUUUACCAGCAUGGCUACCUGUGAGAGCUUCAUUACAGACAAGCCUCCUUCUGAGAAGGCUGACACUGUAUCAUACUACUCCAUAGACAAUGAAGGAUACUACACCUCCAUGCACUUUGACUGUGGUCUGAAAGGGAGCAAGAGCUUCAUGUAUAACUACUCUGACUGUGGACAGGAGCACAUGACUCUGGGGAGACGCUGUCUGACAUUGAGGAAACCUAAGGCCAAGCCCUCUGCCCCCAGACGCAGCUCCUCACUAAGGAAGAUCAGCGGGGGGGGGAAUUCUCCUGAUGACACCGAACCAAAGAACCGCAGCGGGCAGCAAAGAAAGUCAUGUUCCCGAGAGAGGAGGUUACAGCUGGACCUAGAGGGCUCCCUGGGCCACCCUAACCUCCCUGACCCCCACCCUGCUCUGGGCCACCUGGAGGACCCUGUUCUGGGAGGGGAGGUGGGCUUGGGGGGGUUAGGGUUGGAGCAAGACCCUCUGGAGCCCCUAUUGGCCCUCGAGACCUGGCAGAGGGAGGACACCGAGGAGAUGCCGGGCUCCGGCCUGUUUGGUUCCUCUGACAGAGGCUCCUAUAAAGAUGAGGGAGCUGUCCAGUCAGACAAUGCAGAUCUCUGGCUUGUGAAUGACUUGAAGUCAAACACUGACCCCUAUCGCUCUCUGUCUAACUCCUCCACUGCUACCGGUACUACUGUUAUAGAAUGCAUAAAGUCUCAGGAGAGUUCAGAGUCCCAGACCUCCCAGUCAGGAUCCACCCCCUCACUGCCAUCAGUAGAAGACUUCAAGAUGUCCUCCCUGCCCUCAGUAGAAGGGGACUUCAAGAUGUCCUCUCCAGAGAGGCUGGCUGGCUUAGUGUCACCAUCUAGUGGCUACUCCAGCCAAUCCGAGACCCCCACCUCUUCCUUUCCCUGUGCCUUCUUCCCCAGUCCCCCGUCACCCACCAAUCAGAAGAGGAAGCCCAAGAUUCCAGAGAGGAAGUCAUCUCUGUCCAUCACCUCCACCAGAGAUCUGGAGCUGCCAGUCAUCCCCCCCAGCCACCAGAACCUCAGUGCCCUUUACAGCCCUAACCCUACCAGCCCUCCUCCAGUCUCUACCAAGCCCCCAGGCCACAGGAACCAGCUCUACCUCCUGCAGCAAAGCAAGCAGACGGCAUCGGCCAGGGCUGAGGCCAGAGUGGCAACCGAGACCUCCAGCAGUCUUCCCAUGACCAUCACCCCCACCGUGCUGCACUCAGUCCAGCUGAGGUCUGUGGGGAAGCAAGGAGAGGGGAGCCCUGCCCGACCCGGCCCAGAUGUUGCCACCAGACCCAAGUGUCCCACUGUGAACAUCAGCCCCCCUUCCAGCAGCAGGUCCCCUGAGUCUACAACCAUGAAGCCUCCAACCUACAACUCCCAGGUUCCCCCCUCUCAACAGUACUGUGAGUCACUGUUGGCCCCCAGUGAAGGCCCCGUCCCUAGGGACCCAGCAGGUCACAGUAGUGUGAGGUACAGGCAGGACAGACACCCUGCUGAAGCCCAGUGGUGUACCACCGCCUUCAGACAGCCUGUAGACCAAACACUGGCAGACCAGGAGAGACUACCAGACCAGGAGAGACUACCAGACCAGGAGAGACUGGCAGAAGAGGACCAUACCAUCAGAAACCAACACCAGCCCCUCCUAGACCAACACCAGCCCCUCCUAGACCAACACCAGCCCCUCCUAGACCAACACCAGCCCCUCCUAGACCAACACCAGGCCCUCCUAGACCAACACCAGACACUCCAAGACCAACACCAGCCCCUCCUAGACCAACAGUCCCUACUAGACCAGGAGGUCUGCCAGAGGGGGGCUCAGUCCACAGGGGUGACCCCAGGUCAGGAGGUAGAGGAACAGAAAGCUCUAUUCCCUGGGAGUAGCAGCAGUCUGGAGGCAGAACAGUACCGACCACUACUACCUGAGCCAUCUGAACUACAGAGACCUGAAGACCUUUCAGUGUUACUUGGUCAGCACAGCUUAGCCACAACAUCAGAGAGUCGAGACGAAGUGCCUGUUAAAAGUUAUCAGUCGGAAACAUUGCAAGCUUAUCCAAUCAGCGAUGUGGCUGGCAGACAAGAGGAGUAUUCCAGACCCAGUGACAACUCUAUCUUUUCUCUGAGUGAGGAGACCAAGGCUGAGGGUGACGUCUUCCUGUUGCCCACCAAGGCUUGCACUACAGAGGAGCUGUUUGCCAUGAUACACAGAUCCAGGAGAAAAGUUCUAGGUAGGAAGGACUCUGGAGAGUUAAGUGCUCAGAGCAGUCUGUGUGCCCCAGUCACCCCACCUGGCAACACUAUGACUUCUCCGGUGAACCCCAGCACCCCAACCACCCCCACUGGCCCCCAGAAAGCCCCGGGGCCCAUCUACCGCAGCAUGAAGAAGUCCAGCACCUCCCACGAGGAGUUUAAACUUUUACUCCUGAAGAAAGGCAGCCGGUCAGAUUCCAGCUAUCGCAUGUCAGCCACAGAGAUCCUGAAGAGCCCCAUCAGCCCCAAUGCCCCUGGAGACCCCCUUGCUGAGAAGCCCCUCUCCCCUCCGCCAGGCACGGAGAAGCUCCCCAGCCCCUUCACAGAGGGCUUCUCUCCUAAAGGCCUGUCCACUGCAGCCUGUCCCAGACAGAGCCGAUCCCGCAUCCCUCCUCCACCCACCAGCAGCCGCUACAGCAUCCGCAGCAGGCAGCACCCAGCCCCCAUGCAGGCCAUCUCAGAGGGCGAGACGGAGAACUCAGACAGGAGCCCUUCCUAACAUACAGCACCUUCCACCUUUCAGAAAUGUAAAACAGAGGAACAUCUUAAGGUUUUAGAACACAUAGUAGAGAACAACUGGACCAGAAUGACUUGGAACAUUUUAACUGUGUCUAACUAUUUAUAAUACAGUAUGUAUUUCUGCUUUUAGAUUUUGGUAUUGAAGGAAAACCGAGACUUAAGAACAGAAUUGAGAGAGAGAAACAUCUGUAGCUAUGUUCUAUUGAAAAAAGAAAUGCUUUUUAAACUGUUAGGAAAGUAAACCGGAAUAUGUACUGUGCUAUAUGAAGGCUGUUUUUCUAUCAAGGCAACCUUGUGUUGUCGCUCUACAGAAAAUACAUGGCUAUCUUCCAUUGUAACCGUAACCCUUAAUCCUUAACCCUUUUAUGAUAUUGCUGGAAAAUUCCACAUGUAUAGAAUAUAUCGGUAUAAUGAGAUUUACAGUAUAAUAUAUUCACUUUUCACUAAUGGUGUAAAAGUUGUGAAAUACCUUAGAAUAACACAGUAUGAGUCAUAAUACCCAUAAAGGAUGGCAGUCAAA